UUAGGCCGGUAGGGGGAUGAACCUACGCUACUCACGUCUGGAACUGAUGUCGCAAGAAAUGGACCGAAAAAGAACGGAUCUGCAUGUGCUUACUACUUUUCCAAGGGACUUAUAUGCGACACUGCAUCGACAUUUGACAUGUUUUUGACAUAUUCGAUUUGGAAAUCACUUAAAUGUUUCAGUCUACUCUAAACCAUGCUGCAACUUUGUAGCGGCGCUCUGUCCCCGCUCGACAACAGGUGGAUUCUGACCAGGCCAAUCCAGACCUGGAAGUAACCCGUCUUAUCGUCGCUUUCUCCGCCCCGUUACCAUAGCAAGCCCAGCGAGGGUGAGACUGGGAAACAAGCUGCCAAGGUGUGGAUGGAUUUCCGAAAAAGCCGUGGAACAUUGCCGAUCAACUUUACUGGGCAAAUGUGUGUCUGCUUUGACAAAGUGAAACACUGAAGAACAGCCUAUUGCUGACUUUGUCGUGUUGUGGGUUCAUCUCUUGACGGAGUAUCGAUCCUCGCUUCGACAACUUUAAAGUUUCGAACGGAAACAUUAAUACAAUUUUUAAGACUGUAAAUGCUACCCGUUCUGGAUUAUAAUGCCUACGAGUAACGGAUCAGUGAUGGACUUGCACACGGAAUACGUGAAAAUUAAAGCGCAUUACGCCGGGGACAUGCUGAUCUCUGAUCUGGAGGCCAGUCUGACGUACCCUGAGCUGUGUGACGAGGUCCGAGAGAUCUGCAGUCUGCAUCAGCAGCAACCCAUCACACUCAAAUGGAUUGACGAUGAAGGUGACCCGUGCACCAUUUCGUCCCAGAUGGAGCUGGAGGAGGCGUUCCGUCUCUAUGGCCGCAACAGGAAGUCUGGCCUCCUCCUCCAUGUGUUCCCCAGUAUCCCAGAGAAGCCAGGCAUGCCUUGCCCAGGAGAGGACAAAUCCAUUUAUCGGCGCGGGGCCAGAAGAUGGCGCAAACUCUACCGCGUCAACGGACAUCUCUUCCAGGCCAAGCGCUUUAACAGGAAAGCGUACUGUGGCCACUGCAGUGAAAGGAUAUGGGGCCUGGGGAGGCAGGGCUACAAGUGUAUCAACUGCAAACUACUGGUUCAUAAGCGCUGUCACAAACUCGUCCCUCUGACCUGUCAAAGGCAUAUGGAUCCAGUCAUGCCCUCCCAGGAACCCGUGGCUGACGAGCGGAGUGAGGAAAUAGGGCGCCCCCCAGAGGACUCACAGGACACAGACGGAAUCUUCUUGCCACACAACCGAACAGUGGACCAGACUGAAGACGACUCAGAGGAGCUGAAGGCAGUGGUAGAUGGUAUUGAUGGAGUGAAGAUCUCAGAGGGUCUGGGUCUGGGAGACUUCGACCUGAUCCGGGUCAUCGGACGUGGCUCCUACGCCAAAGUGCUGCUAGUCCGCCUCAAGAAAAAUGACCAAAUCUACGCCAUGAAGGUGGUCAAGAAGGAGCUGGUCCAUGAUGAUGAGGACAUAGACUGGGUCCAGACAGAGAAACAUGUGUUUAAGCAGGCCUCCACCAACCCUUUCCUGGUCGGCCUUCACUCCUGCUUUCAGACAGAGAGCCGGCUUUUCUUGGUGAUAGAGUAUGUUAAUGGAGGAGACCUCAUGUUUCAUAUGCAGCGGCAGAGGAAACUUCCAGAAGAACACGCAAGGUUCUAUGCUGCGGAGAUCUGCAUCGCCCUCAACUUCCUGCAUGAGAAGGGCAUCAUCUAUAGGGACCUGAAGCUGGACAACGUCCUCCUGGACCAUGAAGGACACAUCAAGCUCACUGACUACGGCAUGUGCAAGGAGGGGAUCCGACCUGGAGACACCACAAGCACCUUUUGUGGAACCCCCAACUACAUCGCCCCUGAGAUCCUGAGAGGAGAGGACUAUGAACCAAACUCUCUCUCUCUCUCUCUCUCUCUCCCUCUUCUCUUUCUCUGUAUGUCUUAUUUAGUUAUUCUGGAGAAACCUAUUCGGAUCCCAAGGUCCUUGUCAGUUAAGGCUGCAAGCGUUCUGAAAGGCUUUUUAAAUAAGGACCCAAAGGAGCGGCUGGGUUGCCAGGUGCAGACGGGAUUCACCGACAUCAAGUCGCACACGUUUUUCCGCAGCAUCGACUGGGAGCAGCUGGAGAAGAAGGAGGUGACUCCGCCCUUCAAGCCUCAGAUCACAGAUGACUACGGGCUGGACAACUUCGACACGCAGUUCACCAACGAACCUGUGCAGCUCACGCCAGAUGACCCGGAUGUGAUCAAGAGGAUAGACCAGUCUGAAUUUGAGGGUUUCGAGUACAUCAAUCCCCUGCUGCUGUCUACAGAAGAGACUGUAUGAGGGUUCUCCCUCUCUCACACUCACACACACACACACACACACACACACACACACACACACACACACACACAGAGGACCUCAGCAGCACACAGACGCACUAACUCUAACUUUGGGAUGUGAGAGGCAUGAGACAGGAUGGGAAGAGGACAGCGCGCGGCAGGAAGAAGACACGAGACGGAACGAGACGAGGCGUCCCCCUGCUGUCCUCUGGUGGAGUCUAGCACCGAAGACCCAUCUCUGCGUCGCUCGAUUCUGGGGCACGACUGGUAGAGGAGUCACUCUCACAGGCGCCCCCUUUCUCUCCUCCUCCUGAUGGGACUAAGACACGCACACACACACACACACACACACACACACACACACACACACACACACACACACACACACACACACACACACACCUUAAUCUCUGUUGUUGAUAGUCUUCCUCAUCCUCAGCAUCUCUGUCUCUUUCUUUCCUCUUGUUUUAUCUCAUUGUUUUAACUUGUUUUAUUUGAAUUAUUUUUUAUCUGUUGUAUGUCUGUAUUUGUGUAUAGGUCUUUACAUGUGUGCAUGCAUGAGUG